AUGGAAAACGAUUUAGCAGACAGAUUCAUUUCGGAACGCAUCAUACGCAAACUUAAGGAUACUUUACAAGCACAGAGCUCACUUCCUCAGAAUGAUCUUUCCUUACAGUUGUCGUGCAUGCAAGCAUCUGCAUCAACUCUUCUUGAAGUAAAGAACAUCUUGGAUGGUCUAAGCAAAGCUUCGGUCAAAAGCGUAGCUGACACUCUGGCUAAUUCUGAUGUUCAUUUUGUUUUACAGCGGUUUUUAUUCAGUUCUUAUUACUUUUUGCCCUCAGACGGUGGAAUGGUGGCCAGUUUGACGAAAGGGGAAGUAAAUCGUCCUUCUGGAACGCUCAUAUUUUGCCCUCUUUAUGUUGCCGUAGCGGAAGUUCUUACACAUCUAGUCGCAAGUCCAACAUUUGCAAGCAGUCUGUCCUCAACCAAAAUACUUCAGCUAGUUCUACAAGAUCUGAAUGUGCUGGUAUUGCCAAGUUCUGAGCCAGACCAUUUUAAGAUGCUUCUGGCCAAUAUUCAGUUUUUAUGGCAGGUGUCAAAAAGCCCCGCCACAUCCGCUCUGUUUUGCAACGUGAGUGAUACCCUGUUGAUUCUUAUUAACGUGUUUGUUAGUUAUCAAGGACCCUUUGAACAGCUGACUACACUAGUCAAAUCCUUAGUCAUGUUUAUUGCGGCCAGCGUUGCCGAUGAUGAAACAAGCGUGUACUUGCUUGCGGAAGAAAGCUGCAUAGAUUUCAUUGUUGACAUUCUCAGAAAGUCCGUAAGCACGGGAGAGACUUACCUUAAUUAUCAGGGUGUUUACGCUGUAGACAUUGCCAACUGUAUUGAGAAAAUGAGCCGAUUUGCAGGUUUGCAAGAAGCACUUCUGGGGCAAGGUGUAGUGGAGCUCCUUGUGACUAUGAUUCAGAUAGGUGAUCCUUUUGAUGACAGAGCAGCAGCCAGUGCCACGAAUGCACUCAUGCAGUGCUAUGGGGAAACAGAUGUUCCAGUUUUGUUGCAAGGACUAGCGUCAGACAUAGAUUCAUCAUCAGAAAGAUUGGAACUCUUUAGUCAUAAUUUGAAGGAACAAGAUGUUGUCCCCAAAAAUGGAGAUAGAAAGGAAGUGGGAAGUGCAGAAGAGGACGCUCUGGUGUCGAAAGUGCAACAGCUAAGUCUGGAGACUGAGGGCUGCAAUGUUACUGAACAGUUACAAAGUGAGGUAAAUGUUGAGGGAAGGGAAAUCCUGGCAGAAAGUGAAAAUUUUGGAGAGGAUAUCAAGGGGUUUAAGUCAGAAGGACUUGAGCAAAAUAUGGAGGGUAUCAAAGAAAACACUGACAAAAAUACUGGUGUGUCUUUGUUUGAUGGAGAAACCACAUCUAAAGCUACAGAUAAUGAUGCUGAUAGAAAGGGGAAUGCGGCAACAGAAACAGAGAAGCCCAAGGGAUUAUCUCAGGAGAGCAGGGAAUGCGAUAUUGGUGAUGAUCAGCAGAAGGAAAAAUUUGCAGUUGAAAUGCUUGAAUUGAAUGGAAAAGUGGCGGAAUGUGAGGUUAAGAGUGCUGAAGAUGUCUUUAGUCUUCAAAAAGAUAGAGGGCAAAUAUGUGAUUCAGAUAGAGAAUCAAAAACUAUUUCAACAGCAGAUUCUAAGGAAAUUGAGGAAAAGGAAAUGGAGAUAUUACCUGCACAACCUUUACUUGAAGUAACAAGUCAAAGUGAAACCUUCAAGGCUGUUCCACCAGAGCAAGACGAUAUAUCCUCUUACCUGAAAGAGCAGAUCAAGAGCAUGGGAGAAGACGAAAUUAAGUACUUAACAAUUCCAACACCUUUCCAGCAGCCCGAUCUUAUCAAGCAAUCAGAGCCUGAGAGCACACAACAGUCUUCCCAGAAGCCAUUCCACUAUCAGCAAGCUGGAACUGACCCUGUGUCAGGACAAGACUUGCAUGAUAUACAUUGGAGUCUGAUAGAGCUAGGUGUUCACAACAUGUAUGAUGCGAAAGUGGUUGGCCUGCUUAACGAACUCCUAGAAGAGUCAAAACUAAGAGAAGCUGGUGUCUUUGAGAUACUCAAUCAUGUCCCUCGUGUCUACACUUACAAAUUUCUAAGAACAGGAAGCAUGGAACGACAACUAAGAGUUGUUCCUGCAUACAACAAAGGUGGAAUCAAUGCUCCGUUUAUCCAUGCUCAACCUGAAAUAGAUUAUCAUUUGGUACUCAAAAAGUUUAUUUUUCAAAUGGUACCAGAUCAUGGCAGCAAAAUGCAUUUUCCAGGUUUUACUGUAAUUGGACCCUGGUUGGAGAAAAUCCCAGCAGAUCUUGAAGAGUGGAAUUUCUGCUUUGUGCCUUUAAAGUCUCAAUUUGUCGGAGGAAAGAUGCAAUUUUAUCUAUCUGCUGAAAUAUUGAAAGCAAAUUUCUUUUAUCCCAUUUUGUUGUCAUUUGUACACAUGAACAUCAGGUACAGGAUUCUUGAGGCAAAAGGGGAGAAUUUAACAAAGGAAAAACUGAAACAAGAAGGUAUCACUAUUAGGAAAAUUGAAGAGAAUGGUCCAGCAGUUACAGUACACUACUUACACAAUUAUCUUACUGCUGACUAUGUGUUAUCACUGCGUCACAUCCACUGGCCUUUGUGUGCAGCAGAAUGGGGAGGUCGGCAAAGGUAUUGGCCUAAUAGUGACACUGUCAACGAUGUCAUAAGUUAUGGCUGCCAUUUGGUACCAAAACAACCACCUACUCUCAGCAAAGAAGACCCACUGUAUGGCCUGUUUUUCCAGUACUCAUUUGCAAGAGCUGAAAACAUCCUGCUAAACAAACUGAAUGAGGAUAACCCAGUGCUGACUGAUUGUCUGCGCAUGUUAAAGUUUCUCUGUGAGAUGCAUUUUGACAGGCCACAGCUGCUGAAGUCAUAUCACAUGCAGACAAUCGUUCUGCUUGCAGCAGAGAGGCUUCCACUGUCGCACUGGAAAGCUGACAAUUUUGUGAAACAUCUGCUAGAUUUAUUGGAUGACUUGCUCCAUUUUCUUGUGGCACAAUAUCUACCUAACUAUUUCAUUCCUGCUCAGAAUCUUUUCCAGCAGUUUUCUUCUGAUUUUCUUAUUGAUGUGGCAAAGAGGGUGUCCAAAGUUAGGAAAAACCCGAUCAAAUACCUAACCCCCUCUAGGGAUCCUGAGAGAUUUGGGAUCUUUCUGAUUUGA